AGGCAGCUGACAAGAAACAAAAGCAGCACCAGGCAGAUUAUUGGAAGGCCAUGCAACUCCAUGAGCAGAACAAGAAGUCCAUGGAACCCUUUGUCACAGAGGCAGUUAUCCAACCGCCUAAGCCUGCGGUGGAUAUAGCAGCCUUGAAGCCCCAACAAGCCCAGGCCCAACAAGCUCAGGCGCAGGCGCAAGCUGCCAAGGAUCGGAAGGCCAAAGAUGACUCUGACAAUGAGAAAAAUGUGGAGCCUGUGGUCAAGGCGACGACAGCAAGCAUUCAGCAGAUGGGCUUUGGGUUUGACAACAGUGCUUUGAGCGCCCUCUACGGCUACAGCCUUCUACCCGGCAUGGGUAGUCUGGGCCUGGUGCCUGGUGCGGGGUACUACCCCCUCAAUCUGGCUGGCUAUGCUGCUCCCAAGGCAGCGGCAGCAACAGCUGCAGCGGCAGCAACAGCUGCAGCUGCGACGGCUCCAACAACUGCAACUUCUGCCACAGCUGCAGCGACCGCGGCUGGAAGGGCGGCUGAAGCCCCCACCUCGUCCAAAGCAGCCGCUGAACCGCCUGCAUCGCAAGAGACAUUGCUCAGCGUCUCGAAGCCCAAGAGCAGCAUGGCCAUUCAGUCCAUGCGCAUGCCACCAGCCCCUGCUGCGGCAGCAACUGCAGCAGCUGCCACACCUAGCCAUCCAAUGACACCGCCGCCAUCCAAGGCAGCAGUGCCGGCACCGGGAAGCACCCCAAGCUAUCCAGCCCAAAGUCACCCACCACAACCUCCUCCCGCACCAAAGGCUCAGUCUUACUACGAGGGAUCGUGGGAUCAGUAUGGCUACUACGGCCAGCCCAGUCAUCAGUAUCCUCCCAAGCAGGCCGCACAGGCCGCGCAGGGAGCUCAGGCAGCCCAGGCAUCUCCUCAACCCAAGUCUGGGCAGCCGGCCUUCCCUCAGCUACAGCACCAGCAUCCAGAGGCAGAUCGGACCAGGCAGAGAUCCGAUGACGGCCAAAGGUGGCAGAAGAGCUACCAUAGCCAGAGCCAGGGCCAGGCGCAGCUGGAUGAGGAUGCACCUUGGAGGAGGGUACGAGCACGCAAAGAGAAUCCAGGCGGUGGAGCAAGUGAGGAAGCGCCUUUGACAGCCUCGAAGGCAGCUGGACCUCGAUCGUCACAGGUCAAUGGAGCAAGGAAUUUCCUGACGCAGACCCCUCCCAAGGCUGGUCAGGGGAUGCUUUUUGGCAACUUGCUCCGGUAACACCAAGUGGCAGCAGAAAGACCAUUGGGAAGCGGCGAGAAAAGCGC